AUGAAUCAGAAAGCUCUUCUCUUCAUGCUCUUUCUGGCCCUUCUAGCAGUUUUUGCUUUAGUGUGUGUCUUGUUGACCAGAGGUGGAAAGUAUGUCAACUGUGCUUCCCCGUCUCAAGCUUUACCCAAGCAUCGGAAUAGCGAAAGGAGCUGGCUCUUUGCUGAUCUAUCACAAGAGGAAAUAGUCCAUGUAGUACAAUAUUUGAAAUCCAACCUUGGAGCAACCUUGGAAGAUGCUUCUCGUGCAAAGCCUUCUGAUAACUGCAUUUAUUCUGUUGACUUGGAGUUGUCCCCUAAAGCAGAGACUUUGUCAUUUCUGGAUCAUGGAGGAAGCCGCCCACCUAGACAGGCUCUGGCUGUAGUGUAUUUUGGAAAUCAGCCAGAUCCAAAUGUUACUGAAUAUGUGGUGGGCCCCCUCCCACAGCCAAUGUAUCACCGGGAUGUGACAGUACAGAAGUAUGGAGGACAAAUGCCAUAUUAUCGCAGGCCUCCACUGAUUGCUGAACACAAGCAGAUGGCCCACUUUCUGCACAGUACAUUGUUCCCCACAGCCCCAAGCUUCAUGCGUGAAGUACUGAACUAUGAUGGGACCAACCUAGCAGCAAUGCCUACAUCACCAAAGGGAAUGAAAUCUGGGGAUCGUGCAACUUGGUUAGUCCUGUACCAGAAUGUAACCGGCUACUUUUUACACCCAGUUGGGCUUGAAGUGCUUAUAGACCACAGUAGCCUGGAUAUCUCCCACUGGAUUGUGAAGAAAGUGUUUUAUGGUGGCCAAUACUACAGGGACAUGGCACAGCUGGAGAGAGAAUUCACAGAGGGACAUAUGCAUGUGGAAAAGGUGAACAGAGUCCCCGCUGAUGGGGGAUUCUCCUCAAUGAAGCCCAGGGUGCACCAUGCCAACUUCAGUCCCCUGAAUUAUGAGCCUUUUGGACCACAUUACAGUGUGAAAAACAACCAAGUCCAUUCCUCAUCCUGGAGUUUUGCCUACCGGAUGGAUUUGCACAGAGGACCACAGCUCUUUGACAUUAGGUUCAAAAACGAAAGGAUUGUGUAUGAGCUCAGUGUGCAGGAUACAUUGUCCGUCUAUGGUUCCAGCAACCCUGGUGGGAUGUCUAUUAGGUACAUGGAUGGGAGCUUUGGAAUUGGAAAGUACUCGUCUCCUCUUAUGCGAGGGCUUGACUGCCCUUAUUCCGCUACCUAUCUUGAUGUUACCUUUUUCGCAGAAGUGGAAAGACCUAUCAUCACUCGUGAUGCUAUCUGUGUUUUUGAACAGGACAUGGGGGUUCCAUUUCGGCGUCACUUCUCCAAACUUCAGUCUCUCUAUUAUGGAGGGCUAAAAAGCACAGCACUCGUCUUUCGCUCUGUGUCCACCAUUGGCAAUUAUGACUAUGUCUGGGACUUCGUAUUUUAUCCAAAUGGAGCAAUUGAAAGCAAAGUCCGUGCCACUGGUUACAUAAGUUCAUCUUAUUUCUACAAUGAUGGCCUAGAUUAUGGAAACAGAGUUGGGGACUACACUCUGGGAACAAUUCAUACCCACUUUGUUGGCUUCAAGCUGGAUCUAGAUGUUGGUGAUAGCUGGCUUGUGGUGGCCAUCCUGGAUGUGGGGCGGAAAUGCUAUUGGGAGCCUUGGGGAUGCCUGGUGAAAGCAGGAUUUGCCUAUGAAGAGAUGAUGAUCCUCACUGCUCUCCAAGCGGAGUAA